AUGACACUUUUCGCAAGCUUUCUUUUCUUUAAUCUAUUCUUGAAAGCUGUGUAUGCAGCACCGCUGAACAGCAGCAGCAAAGGAACUAUUCGACACUUCUACAUUGCAGCACAAGAAGAACUAUGGGAUUAUGCACCCAUGAAUUGGGACAAUGUGCGAGACCAGCCUCUUACAAAAGCACCCUCUUCUCUGUAUACCACCUAUCGAAAAGACAAGCGUUUAGGCUCAGUCUAUCACAAAGCCUUCUACAGACAAUACCGAGAUGAUUCAUUUUCAAAUCCUAUAGCUCAUGACACAGUGUUGGGAAAUUUGGGCCCCAUCAUUCGAGCAGAAGCAGGCGAUCAGAUUCACAUCACAUUUUACAACAAGGCCUCCUACCCUCACAGCAUACAUCCGCAUACUGAGAAUGGUGAUGCGAUGAAUCUGCCCGGUCAAUUUGUUCAGCCAGGCGACAAGUAUCGAUAUGUUUGGGAUAUUCCUGCGAAUUAUGCGUUCCCUGACAAUCAGUCUUCUGUGAUAUGGUCGUAUUCGUCGAAAUCAUCACCUGUAGGCGAUGUGAAUGCAGGUUUAUUUGGUUUGGUAGUCAUCUAUAAGACUGGCACUCUUGAGUUCCCAUCUCCAGGUUCCAUGUUUCAAAGGCCAAAAGGCAUAGAUCAAGAAGUCUUCACGCUGAUGACCAAUACAGAUGAAUCAAAAUCAACCUAUUAUACAGAGUCAGGAGCUCGGCUUGGAUUUAGUGUAGACAGACUCAAGGAAUUGGAAGCUACAGAUCCACUAUUCAAAGAAUCGAACCGCAUGUACCAUAUUAAUGGCUAUGUCUACAACAAUAACAAGGUGAUUAACAUUGUGUAUGGAUCUCGAGUGCGCUGGUAUGUCAUUUCAUUUGGCGUCUCGGAUGAAGAUGUGCAUACAGCACAUUGGCAUGGCGCAACAAUGCUGCAUCAUGGUCACCGAGUGGAUGUAGUGGACCUGACGCCCAUCAGCUUUCAGGUAGUGGAUAUGAUACCCGAUAAUGUAGGCCAGUGGCUUUUUCAUUGUCACGUCGCCUCUCAUUUCGAGUCUGGAAUGAGCGCUUUCUAUCAGAUUGAGGAAGUCAUUUACACCGGCGAUGAAGGUUGGGAGUAG